AUGAAAAGACCGCAGUUUACUCAACAUGGAACAAAAAAUGUUAGUUUGCCAACUUUAAUUCCUUAUAGUUUUUUCCAAAAAGAAAAGCAACAUAUUCAAGGAUUUAGUCCGGAGUUUUAUCAAGUUCAACAAAUUGGUGAUAAGAAAUUAACUGAACCAUUAGUUUUGCAAUACCAGAAUUAUGUAGAAAAAAAUUUAUGUCUUGCGAUUAUCGCCGGCAAAAAAAGUGAAAAUGAGAAAUUUGCCGGAGCCCUAGAGAGUUAUACUGUGGAAUGCUUACUUUCUGACGGUCAAUGCUUACAAUUGGCAACCAGAACCUCAACUCGAGCAAUUGGUGCUAUUGCCGGAACUCAUGUUGAUGAAUGA